GGCUUUUUUCCCUGUACAGGUUGACUUCUCCUUUAAGGUAUUUUCUGAAGUUCUUUGUAUGAAAAUGAUUAUUUAAAAUUAGCUUCAUUAAACAUUUGGGUAAAAUCCUUUAAUGAGAAAACAUGCUAACAUGUUAUUCUUUCUCUUUAAUGAUUUUAUAUAUUUAUCGUCAAAAUGCAAGGCAAAGAUGUGGGAAAAUCUGACCAAACCGACUUACUUUUUUAUUAAUGGAAUUUCAGACCUUGCAUAUCUCCAGGUUCCAAUCUUCCUUCUGGUUCUGUUUAUCUAUCUGUUUACACUUGUUGGUAACAUGUUAAUUCUUAUACUGGUAUGUUUGGAUGCUCAGUUACACACUCCAAUGUAUUUCUUCCUAGCUCACUUGUCCAUUUUAGACAUGUCCUGUUCCACCAUCACUUUAAAUAAGCAGCUUGCUAUAUUUAUAACAGGGGACCACACAAUUUCUCUUCUCACAUGUUUUGCCCAGCUAUAUAUUUUUUCAUGCUUGGAAUGUGUUGAGCUGUUGAUAUUAACAGCUAUGGGUUAUGAUCGAUUUGUGGCCAUCUGUAGGCCACUGCAUUAUCCAACUAUCAUGAACCGUUCUACUUGUGCUAACUUUGCCAUUUUAUGUUGGCUACUAGGAUUUUUAGAAGUUAUACCAUAUAUUGUGCUAUUGUCAAACUAUACUUGCUAUAGAUCCAAUGUGAUAAACCAUUUCUUUUGUGACUUGGUGCCUCUUAUAAAACUCUCUUGUAAUGACACAACAGCUUUGGAGCAUCUAAUGCUCAUAGAAGGAUCAUUGCUUCUAAGUUUUCUGCCCUUUUUACUUACCUUCAUCUCAUAUAUGUUCAUUAUUUACACCAUAUUGCAGAUGCAAUCCAGAAAUGGGAGAAGUAAGGCCUUCUACACAUGCUCCUCCCAUCUUACUGUUGUCAUCCUUCUGUAUGUGACUCUCAUUUGCCAAUAUCUGCGGCCAUCGACAACGGACUAUGCAGACUUUAAUAAACUUUUCUCUUUAUUUAACACAGCUGCUGUUCCCAUUCUAAAUCCAUUAAUCUACAGUUUAAAAAAUAAGCAAGUGAAGUCAGCACUCAAAAGAAAAAUUCCAGCUUGUAAAAUUUAA